GCGAGAGCGAGAGAGAGAGUGUGUAAGAGGAGUGUGUGAUAGCGAAGCACCGGGGAUCCUGAGCCUGGAGGGGAGCUGUGUGAUGAGAGGGGGCUCUUCUGUGGAUGUAUAAGCCAGGACAGUGCUUUUUUAAAAAAAAUCUUUUUCUUUUUUUUUUUUUUCAGAAGAGCGUUCAUGAGUGUGUGUGCCUGCUGAUGUGUGUGUGCAACAUUGUCGUCGAGCAGUGAGGAGCUCUUUGCGUUACGCAGCCACCAGUGUUCAUCUCACUCUGAGGAUCGACUCCUCCAGACCUGGCUUUGCAGGGAAAAAAAGCAGAUGGAUGAAAGGACAGGAAGACAGCUCUAGCCUUUGGUUCCCUUUUGACUUUCCCAGAGACUAGUCCAUUUGUGGGGCAUCUGUGGCCUCGCAACACCCCCCCGCCACCACCACCAUUUCACCCCAAAUUGGAAAUACAGACACAGCCAGACAGAAAGUCUAAUAUUCUUCCUUCCAGCUCAGAGAGGAAAAUUCCCACCGAAUUCAAGCGCCAUUGGCUCCCAGAUCUGGGAAAGGGGGGGAUUGUCUUCUGCAGGGAUUUAUUUUGGUGGGGUUGACAAGAUCCUUUUCUGGAGCUGAAGCAAAAUAGGAGGCUGGAAGACAAAACGGGACAGACGCAGGCAUGGCUCGCCUCAACUGGUGCCUGGCUGCCGUCAUUAGCUGGGGCAAGUUCCUCUUUUCCUGCUUCUUUCCUCUGCGGGGGGCCAAACGAGAGAAGCCAGACGAGCUGGAGGGCGUCCACACGCACUCCUUCAAGCUGAAGCCAUUCAAGAAGGCCAAGAGCUGUGAUAUAUGCAAGCAGGCCAUCACCAAGGAGGGUCUCAUCUGCAAAGCAUGCCGUCUGUCCUGUCAUAAAAAAUGUGAGGUGAAGGUCACCACGGCGUGUCAGACAUCCACCAACUAUGAGCUGCCUCCCACUCCCCAGCUUCCACUGAAGCAUGUAGACACACCGGGAUCAGCGCGGUCCUGCAAGAGUGUGGAGGUUUUGCGAAAGCAGUCACGGAGUCAGAGUGUAGUGCUGGCCAUGGAGGAGAGUUACGACGUGGACCUGGUCUACAUCACAGAGCGGAUCAUCUCCGUCUCCUUCCCCGUUGCUGCCGAUGAGCGGACAUACAGCACACACCUUAAAGAGGUGGCAGCCAUGCUGCGUUCCAAACACGGCGAGCACUACCUGGUCUUAAACCUUAGCGAGCAGAGGGGUGACAUCGCCAAGUUGAACCACAAGGUGCUAGAGUUCGGCUGGCCAGACCAUCAUGCUCCCCCACUGGACAAGAUGUGCAGCAUGUGUAAGGCCAUCGACGCCUGGCUCAAUGGAGAACCACACAACGUUGUGGUGCUACACAACAAGGGCAACCGUGGGCGAACAGGAGUGGUGGUCGCGGCGUACAUGCACUACAGCAACAUAUCUGGAAGUGCUGACCAGGCACUGGACCGGUUUGCCAUGAGACGGUUCUACGAGGACAAGGCGCUUCCUGUGGGCCAGCCAUCCCAACAGAGGUAUGUGAAAUACUUCAAUGGCCUCCUGUCUGGUCACAUCAAGAUCAACAACAAGCCGCUCUUCCUCCACCACGUCAUCAUGCAUGGCAUUCCCAACUUUGAGUCGAAAGGAGAGCACGUUCUCCUCGCAGGCUGUCGUCCUUUCCUGAAGAUCUACCAGGCCAUGCAGCCCGUCUACACCUCGGGAAUAUACAAUGUGCAGGGAGACAGUAACACCAGUAUCUGCAUCACCAUUGAGCCGGGCUUACUGCUGAAGGGAGACAUCUUGCUCAAGUGUUACCACAAGAGGUUCAGGAACCCCACCAGAGAUGUGGUCUUCAGGGUGCAGUUUCACACAUGUGCAAUCCACGACCUGGGAGUGGUUUUCACCAAGAAUGAGUUGGAUGAGACUUUCAAAGAUGACAGGUUUCCUGAAUACGGAAAGGUGGAGUUUGUUUUCUCUUAUGCACCAGAAAAAAUUAAAGGUCUCAGCCACUUGGAGAAUGGGCCAAGUGUUUCUGUGGACUACAACACCCAGGACCCUCUGAUACGCUGGGACUCCUAUGAGAACUGCAAUCAGCACAGCGAUGACACCGUCGAUGCCAGCCAUGAUGUUGUUCACACUCAAGGGCCAAUUGAUGGAAGCCUUUAUGCCAGAAUAUGCAAGAAAGACUCCCUGGAGGGGGUGGUCACUAUCAACGGCCUUCCAGUCCAUGAGAGCCGUCUAACAGAUUCUCAGAUCCCCCUUCAAAACACUAACCACCAUCAAACUACUGAGCAGACACUUCCUGUCACAGGCCACACCUCUCUCCCUGCAGUUGACCACACCCUGUCUGUGAGCAGUGACUCCGGGAACUCCACUGCAUCCAUCAAGACUGACCGCACAGAUGAGCACAGCCAGUUUGUGCAGAGUGUUAUGAGCCAUAGUCACCCUCUAGCAAGCCAUCCUUCACUCAGCCCUCAAGAGAAGAAAGAACUUGAUCAGCUCCUUAGUGGCCUUGAAGCGCCCACCCAGCGACAAGCGUACCUGUCCACCAGUCCUGGAGGAGGGGUGCGGCAUCUGGUCCCCGCACAGGUUCAUGUCAACGGGGGCCAUAGCAGGACCGUCGGCUCUCUAGCAACAGGAGAAAAAGAAAGUGAGACUCUUGAUGACAAGGUAGAAAAUAGACAGGAGGGCAAUAGUGUGGAUAGUUUGGGAACCAUUUCAUCCUUUGAAGGCCAAGCAGCUCCACCCGACCUUUACUAUCAAGCAAAGAAACCUUCCAGUGGACAGAACGACGGGCCUUACCUUGAGAGAGGACCCAGUGAACAAUCAAGUGAAAUGCCGGUACAUGGAGUGCGAAUAGUUAUGGAGACUCAGGAGCGGAGCGUAGACUCUGCCUUACCACGAGGACGAUAUAACAGCUAUCAAAAUGGUGAAGGAACCUAUCAGCCCCAGAGCUUUGAAAACCCACCAGUGAUCAGCCCUGACACAAAUUCAAUGCCAAGGGCUCCAGAGAGGAGCACUAGCAGCCGUGAGGCUGUACAAAGAGGUCUGAAUACGUGGCACCAGUAUAGCCUCCCAGAUGACCCCUUUGGUCCGCCUCCUCAAACCACCCAUAGCUUACCCCAUUUCCCUACCCCGGCCUCCCAGAGAGACAUCGAGCAGUCCAUAGAGGCGCUCAACAUGCUAAUGCUCGAUUUGGACCCACACAACUCACACAUGACCAAGUCACAAAGUGCGCCCUCUGGUGACCGAAGCCUAAACGCAUCACCAGCACCCAUCUACCAGACCCUUUCAAGACCCUCAUACCAAGCAGAGUCUGCCAUUCAAAGCUACAACAAUUCUGUGGCAGUCCACAACAGCUUUCAUCAGCCACAGAGGUCGCCUGGGCCAAAAGCAAACCCGGCAGUCGAGUCUCCAGCAUUCUCACCCCACCGCUCUAUCCCUUCCUAUCAACAGCAAAAUGUCACCCCAACACAUACGCCCGAACCUUGCCUUCACACAAGACAAAUCCCGCACAAUUGCACAGAAUCCCCGUCCAGUCUCAACCACCAGGUGCCAAGUAAGCCUGGGAACUCCUACAUGGGCGGCAGGGUUUCCCAAUCCCCUGACCUCCAAGGUUCUUCUCCCUAUCCAGGCUAUAGUGCCUCCUCUUCACCGCUCCCAACACUUACCCCUCAGCCCAAUAAUGCAUCAUCCACCUCUUUACCUCGGGAGCAAGAUGCUGAAGAGGAACCUUUAAACCUAGAAGGGCUCGUGGCUCAUCGUAUCGCUGGGGUUCGAUCCAGAGGAAUGACCCCAGAAGUGACGCCAGAGCCAAUGGGCCGGCGUCGCACCACCAGUGAGGGUCAGUACCAGAGCAGCCACGACAGCCAGUCUGUCGGACACUCUCCAGACUUCGCCAACAAUCUUGCCUUGAACCCAGGAGGGAGAACUCGAGAGGGAAACACACACAGCUAUCGGGAGCCGUUUGAGGAGGACAUGCUUGAUGAAUUUCCCAACAAUCCCCCCUCUGGAUGCUCAGCUCGCUCGCCUUCUGGUUUGAGUAAGACUCAGCUGAGGUCCCAUCAUCACACUGGAUCAGAUUCUGAUUCUAAUGGCGAUGAAGAUAUUCACGGUUCUGGUGACGCCAGAGCACGAGCCUACGACGCCCCACUGUCCUCCUGUGGCUCAGGCCAUGGUGCUGAUGGAAGAAGAAUCGGCCCCUCGCAGCACAGACCCGCUUCCCCUGAAGGGGCCCAGGUUGACAUCAUGGGAGUCCACACCGUCCCUGGCAGCCCCAACACGCUGCACCGCACAGUGGCCACCAAUACUCCACCAAGCCCUGCUCUGCAGAGACGCCUGGGGCAGGCCAGCCCUUCCCUUUCCAGACAUUCACCCUCAGCUGCCUGCAACAGAGAUGCUCUACCUUCCUGUCCACUCAUCAGUCGCAAGACAGCCAGCGGGGCUGUUCCUCAGAGUCCCCUGAUGGGUCGCCGCAUGGUGCCGAGUGGCCACUGUACCCCGGAUGAGCUGGGGGCUGCGUCCCGACAGGGAAGCGUUCAGCCCCCCUACACGCCCACGUUCCCAGUCUCCCCACAGCUCCCGGAGAAGAGGCACAUGUCCAGCGGGGACGCAGAGAGGAUGGAGAACAGGAACCUGACCUCAGCACCCGCCAGCGGUGGCAGCACCCCUAACCUGACUGGGACACUCCCGGACAUCUCUAAGUCCAUCUACGAUGGUUAUCCAGACAUCAAGAUGAAUGUCAAAUUUGUCCAGGACACAUCAAAGUUCUGGUAUAAGCCGGACAUCUCCAGAGAGCAAGCUAUCAGUCUGCUGAAGGACCGGGAGCCCGGAGCGUUCAUCAUCAGGGAUAGUCACUCCUUCCGUGGCGCCUAUGGUCUGGCAAUGAAGGUGGCCUGCCCCCCACCCACCGUGCAGCAGAGCAAAAAAGUCGGAGACUCCACAAAUGAGCUGGUCAGACAUUUCCUGAUCGAGACCAGUCCCAAAGGCGUCCGACUGAAGGGUUGCCCUAAUGAACCAUACUUCGGCUGUCUGUCUGCUCUGGUGUACCAACACUCCAUGACCCCGCUGGCCCUGCCCUGCAAGCUGAUGAUCCCCACCAAAGACCCCAAUGAAGAGGCGCAGGAGCUGGCCACGCCCACCGACCCUGUGCUGGAGCUUCUGAAGCAGGGAGCAGUCCAGAAGGUCCCAGAGGAAGCCCAUGCAUGCAAUGUUCUCUACAUCAACUCUGUGGACAUGGAGUCACUCACGGGACCUCAGGCCAUCGCCAAGGCCAUCAGUCAGACUCUGGCCACCAACCCGCUGCCCACCGCCACGGCUGUCCACUACAAAGUGUCCCCACAGGGUAUCACUCUGACGGACAGUCUGAGGAAAGUUUUUUUCAGACGCCAUUAUCCUCUCAACACUGUAACCUACUGCAAUCUAGACCCCCAGGAAAGAAAGUGGGUUAAAGAAGGAGGUGGUUCAGUCAGGCUUUUCGGUUUUGUGGCAAGAAAACAAGGAAGCACAACGGACAACGUGAGCCACCUGUUUGCUGAGCUGGACCAGGAUCAGCCCGCUUCCGCCAUCGUCAAUUUUGUCUGCCAAAUGAUGAAGCGAUGAAAGUGACUACGAUGAAACUCUCCUCUGUUCACCAGGAGCUGAUGGUUUCCCCUCAUCUUUGUUUCCCUUGUACUAUUACUUGUCUCAAGACGGUUUCUCUUGACGUCGGUCAUUACACUCGGUCCGUCUUUAGGAAGCGUGAGCGUGACUGACAUGGAGAACAUGUACUCAGAGGGAUCAAGCCCCUCAGGAGGAGAUAAUAAUAGUAAAUGAGAAAACUUUGGAAGUGGCUUUCAGGGUUUUCUGUUAUCGUUGAAUGAUUUACCAAAGGAUGUUGCAAUACAAGUGCAAGAAUGAUCUCGCUAUUAAGCCAUUUCAAUGUCCCCUCUACGGAAGAAAAAAAAAAAUCUUGUCAUCUUCAGGAAAAAAAAAAAACAGGAGCCUUGACGGCUUUUUUGCAAAACAGUGUCUGAAGACUUUAUGCAUGUUAGCUUGAUCUUUAAGCUUCUAACUUCCACAAGUCGUCGUCAUGUCCUAGCCAAUACUGGCUCUGCUGCGUGUUUUGAAAGGGCUCUGCAGUGAAAAUAGACUGAUUCAAGCUGCACAUAGCAGACCAGACAUUAAAAAAAAAAUACAGUGAAAUAAAAUAGACAAAAGAGGCACAAUUAGGACAUAGCACUUUGUCUCACCUCAUCUGCAACCUGUGCUCAAGAUGUUGUCCUGGCAGCGACCAUCCACUAGAUGGAGCCACAAGCCUCGCCCUCUGAAACCAUUACCUGCUUGCUGUAGACGACCUGCUGCCACAGAGCCACACUGGAACUGACCAGGGACUGACCCCACGACCUGGACCUAUGCACUGUUCGUUAUGCAUGCUGUUGUCCCCAAUCCCUCCUCAAAGCAUCACUGAAACAUUCAAUGCUCCAAACCCUUUAGCGGUUGUAUGACUUGUCAAAGACUGCAUGAACUAGACAAAAGCCCUUUUGUACUCCUCUCAGAUGUAGAAAAAGCAUCUUUCAAGUGACUUAUUUUGUCUUCCCUCUUCUUUUCUCCAUGUUGGUGGACUUGAGCUAGGGUUACCUUUCACUGUCUGUGUAUUUGGUUCCACAGUGUUGUCCAGAAGUUGAUAUUUAGACACUUUUUAGGUGGAAAAAAAAAGACAAAUGCUCAAAUGCCUGCUUGUUUCACAAAACCGUUCACAAUAAGCUAAACAGAAACUGAUGUAAAUGUAAAUAGAUAUACUACUUUGAAAGGUGACAUAGCGAAAAAGUAUUUAUUUUUGUUGCUUUGGUCCCUCAUGAUUACUCAUAUAUACAUAUAUUGUACAGUCUAGAUAGAUAAAGAUGACCUUAUGGGUUGAGAAAAAAAAAUAUAGACUUAUUUUGGCUAAUGAUUUCAAAGUCUGAGGACUUUGAAAUGUGUUUGAAUAUAUGGUGUACAUUUAUUUUGUACAUGUGUAUGUUUGUUUUGGAUCAUCAUUUUUGUUUCCCCAUUUCAGCCCAUAAGAGGUAGGGCAUGAACGAAAUAGAAACCAGGAGUGACUUGCAUGGACUGAAGCAUCUGUCCGCGAGACAAAAAAAUAAAAUAAAGUAGCUAAUAGACUUUUAAGCUGAUUUCAGGAAAAAAAAAAAAAAAAAAAGAGGAUGUCACGAAUGCAAUAUAAAAACAGCAGUUUGCUCUCAUGGGAAUUGUUUUGGUCGAUGUUGGGAGUAUCACACUUUCCCACCAAUCAGCGGCCCAAAAGCUACUGUUUGGCUUUGAAUCUCACGACGCUGCUGUUUACAUGAAGCUCUUACAUUCACAUACAAAGCAGUGACAUGGAUUCCAGAUGUUGAGUAUCCUUCCUCCCCCACUUCUCCGAUUUAUCGGUUUGUUUCUCUGAUGACAAUAUGUCGACUUGUUAUUUUAUGUCAUCGUCAAGUGAUGGAAUGUGUGACGGCUCUCGGUCAAAUGCCAACAAGUACGAUAUGAAAAAGCCUGGUUAUGCUCGAACAAAAACAAUGACUACAACAUGCACAGGUUCCAAUGCUUUGUACCUGUUGGCACCUGGAUCCAAAAGAAUCUGCUCUGAACUGGUUUGCCAUUAAAAAAAAGGAGUUUUCAGAUUUUGUUUAUGUCAUUCAGUCUCAUGAUCACGUCAUGGCUUACCUGAGAAAGAAAAACAAAAAACAUUAAAGCAAUACAAAUCAGACAAUGUGUGUGUUUGACUCGUUUUUAAUUCCCUUUUCGGUGGCGGCACCAGUGGCAUAUUCCAUCGCGCACAGAUUCAGUGGUUCUCACAAGUCUGUCAUGCGUUUGCGACACUUGUGACGCAGCACAUCAUGAAUCUGAAGCUGCAGAACGUCUCCCGGGGCCCAGCCGGCCCAGUGGAAAAUGUAUAAAGUCAGUGAGAGGCAUGCCACCCCGGAAUGACCUUCCCACACACCGGCUGCACAUGCAGAUGCCACUGGAGUGUGAAUGUUCAAACAAGGGAAAUUUUCCACUCAUCUCUUAUCAAGUGGAAAAGUCGACCUAUUUGUUUUGGUUCUCACAGUGACUUCUCCUCUGGCUCCCUGAGCUGGCCGAACCGGUUACAUUGGAGAGAACCUUUAAUUUUGUCUAACUGCGAGCAGGCGGCAGCACUGAUGCCGUGGCACUUCAUGGCACGGCGCAAUAUUAUUGUGCUUGCAGUUGAUCGACCACAAUAAUUUCACUAAUCCCA